AUGUUCCCCAAAUGGGUUAAAGAUCCAAAUAACUGGAUCUACCUGGCUUUGGACGUCCUGUUCUGCACCUCCUCCAUCGUCCACCUCUGCGCCAUCAGCCUGGACCGCUACUGGUCGGUCAGCGCCGUUGGGUACAACGCCAAGAGGACCCCGCGGCGCAUCAAGUGCGGCAUCGUCACCGUCUGGGCCAUCGCCGCCGCCAUCUCCCUGCCGCCCCUGCUCUACAAGGGGGGGGAGAAGAAGGAGGAGGAGGUGGGGACGCGGCUGCAGUGCAAGCUCAACGAGGAGGCCUGGUACGUCCUCUCCUCCAGCAUCGGCUCCUUCUUCGCCCCGUGUCUCAUCAUGGUCCUUGUCUACCUGCGCAUCUACUUCAUCGCCAGACGGCGGCACCGCUCCCGCCCUGCAGGCACCAGGCCACCUGGAGACACGUCACCCAACGUCACCAAACCACCUGAAGCCACAUCACCCAACGUCACCAAACCACCUGGAGACAUGUCACCAAAUGUCACCAGCAGGGAACCCCCCAGGACCUGCCUGCCAGUGGACAGGACCUCGCUGCUGAGCCCUGAGGAGCCCCCAGGAUCCCCCAGCCCCAUGGUGGGGACAUGCCCACAGGCUGGGGAAUGCACCGGGGGACACCGAAGGGACAUCAGGGGACACCCCAGGGACAACGGGAACCACUCCAGAGACACUGAAGGACACCCCAGGGACACUUUGGCCACCAAGCUGGGGCGGGCAGUGUUGACCCAUGAGCUGAACCCUCGGAGGAGGAAGACCCAGGUGAAGCGGGAGCAGAGGUUCACCUUGGUCCUGGCCGUGGUCAUCGGUGUCUUCAUCCUCUGUUGGUUCCCCUUCUUCUUCCUCUACAGCCUGGGUGCCCUCUGUCCCCAUCACUGCAAGGUCCCCGACAGUGUCUUCCAGGUCUUCUUCUGGAUUGGGUACUGCAACAGCUCCCUCAACCCCAUCAUCUACACCAUCUUCAACCGUGACUUCCGCAGGGCCUUCCGCCACCUGCUCUGCCCCCGCGCCCCCGCGCCCUGCUGA